CCACGUCUGAUGUCGAUGGCUGUCGCGCUUUCCAUGGCAGAUUGCCGGAGCCUCAUUCGCCAUCUAUUUCUCACUUUCACUGGGUUUCCAUUUCCCCAUUUCCCCACUUUCCCAUUUUCCACAUUUCCUUUCCCUUUCUUUCCGUUACUCUCUCUCUCUUCCUCUGUUCCUUUUUUUUUUAUUCUCUCUCUGUGUCUCUCUCUCUCCCUUGACAUUUCACGCGCACUCCAUACUCACACUCUCCUCACUUUACUUGUCGGGCUUUCCCUUCUCUCUCUCCCUGAUCCAAAAACCCAACUCAAUGUUUAUGUAAAUCUUGUAAAUCUUGUAAUUGGAUCGCUUCAUCUUCACUAUUGGGUCUCAUCCCAUACCCCUUCUUUUCGAACUGCUAAGAUUUGGGUUUCAUUGAUUUGCAGGUUUUGGUCAAACAAAAAAGGACCCAUUUGUUUAUUUCAUCGGAUUAUCAUGUAAUUGGGACUCUGGAGUUGGGAAUUACUGCCACUCAGCUCAUAUUCACAGUGACCAACAUAGAGAAUUUGUGUUUUGAAGCUUAGAUUUGGCCAUGGAGAAACUUCCUGAUGCAGAAGUUAGCUCAAUUUUGAGUUUGUCUGCGGCUUUGUCGUAUGGGGCUGCUUCCAUGGCAAUGGUUUUUAUCAAUAAAGCAGUUCUUAUGGAGUACUCACAUUCAAUGACACUUCUCACUGCCCAGCAAUUGGCAACUGCUUUGCUUAUACACGUUGGUCGAAGAUUGGGAUACACAAGGUCAAGAGGAUUAGAAAUGAGCACUGCGAAAAAACUUCUCCCAGUGUCGCUGUUCUAUAAUGCUAAUGUGGCGUUUGCUUUGGCCAGUUUGAAGGGAGUUAAUAUUCCCAUGUAUAUUGCAAUCAAAAGACUCACACCUCUCGCUGUGCUUAUAGCUGGGUUCGUCUCAGGAAAGGGGAAACCCACAAUACAGGUGUCUCUUUCAGUAAUAUUGACUGCAGGAGGGGUUGUGAUAGCUGCACUGGGAGAUUUUUCGUUUGACUUUUUUGGAUAUAGCAUGGCUCUCACUUCUGUUUUUUUCCAGACCAUGUACCUUGUGUUGGUGGAGAAAUCUGGGGCAGAGGAUGGGCUAUCAUCAGUUGAGAUCAUGUACUAUAACAGCUUUCUGUCUCUUCCAGUUUUGAUGUUUCUCAUUGUAGCUACAGGAGAAUUUCCAAAUUCUUUAUUAUUACUAAUUGCAAAGAGUAAUUCGUUUUAUUUUUUGGUGAUCCUUAUUCUUUCAUUUGUUAUGGGCAUUGUUCUCAACUACACCAUGUUCUUAUGUACCAUAGUCAACUCUGCUCUAACAACAACUAUCGUUGGAGUCCUAAAAGGGGUUGGCUCUACGACCCUUGGUUUUGUCUUACUGGGUGGUGUGCAAGUGCAUUUUCUGAAUGUGACUGGACUAGUUAUCAACACGGCUGGCGGAGUUUGGUAUUCAUUUGCCAAAUAUCAGCAAAGGAAGAGCAAGCCCCCGAAGCGGAUUUCAGACGUGGAGGCUCAUCAUAAAUGAAAUUAAUAUCGAAAGAUCACAUACGAUUGCUAACAGCUGCUUUCUGUUUUUACCAUUUGCUUCUAUUUUCAUCAAACAUGGCUAUUAGUUCUUUGAAGAACAAUGAUACAUGGUUCAUGUUGACUUUGUUGAAUCUUGAAAUUUAGGUAUUACAGAAAGCAAAUACCCUAGUUCGUGUUUUCGGAUAGAUUAGCCCUUGAGAAGAAAAAUCUUCCAGGGUUCAGGUUAUAUCAGAAUGGGUCUCCCAGGCUCCUCCAUGCACAUGCACUUGUUUUCCUGUUGUGCUAGUACAUCCUUCACUUGAAUAAUAAUAUCCUUUGUUGUUCUCCCAUACU